GCAAUAGUUUCAUGCUGUUUAUAUGAACAACUUAAACCAGCUGUGUUGUAUCGGAUAGUGGAAAUUCUUCACAUUGCCUAUAGAGAUGGAUAUAUUCAGAUUACAGAUCAUUUUAGCUUCUUCAUCACUUUAAUUGCGCGUUUCAAAGUUGUCCCUGCAAAGACGGGGAUUGAGUGUGAUGAGCAGCGGGAGACAACAUUUAAAGCACUUACAAACCUUGUGUGCUUAUGUUUUUCAGGAAUGGGUGAUAGCUCUCUUGUCCUCCAGAUUAUAGAGAAAGCUUUUGUCGAACAAAAAGAAGAAGGUUAAAACCACGUCCAUACCAAAGCUUCUCUGAGUCUCUUCUAAUGGAUAGUAUUGAAGCAGCUGAAACUCUCACACGUAAAUGGAUUUCUCCCGAUCUAUCUAGUUCAUCUUCUUGCUCCCUCUCCUCGAUUUUCUCCACCGAUAAUCGCGUAGAAGGACGACGAUUCAUCGAGGUUAUCAACAGCUUACAAUACGCAAUUCAAGGAGUGGUUUUGGUGAAUCCUGAAUCACCAAAACUCACUAGAGCGCAUAAUCUUGUAACAAUCGCUAUGAAACAGAAUAAAGUGUCAAUUUAUUCCCAAGUUCCUAAAUCUGAAGAAGCUGAUGUUAUGACGGAUUUGAAAAUGAUCUCUGAUUGUAUGAUAUCAUCGGGUUACGAAAACGAAUGUAUCAAGAUUUACAAGAAGAUAAGAGGAUCAAUCAUGGUUGAAGCGUUGAGUAACUUAGGGUUUGAGAAUCUAAGUUUUGGUAAGAUUCAAAAGUUGGAUUGGGAUAGUAUGGAGAAGAACAUCAAGAAAUGGUUAGAAGCUACGAAAGUCCUUAUCGCGAAUUUGUUCGAGGGAGAAAGAAUCCUUUGCGAUCACGUUUUCUCGCCGUCUGUUUCCGUCGCGGAGUCUUGUUUCACGGAGAUUACGUUAGAUAGUGCUUUAACUCUCUUUAUCUUCCCCGUGAGUGUUGCAAGAUGUAAGAAAACCGUCGAGAAAAUCUUCCUUACUCUCGAUAUUUACCAAACGAUAUCGCAGCUUAUGCCCCAGAUUGAAGAGAUUUUCAGUUACGAUUCGACUUCUGCGGUUCGAUUACAAGCCGCUGAUUCUCUUAAGAAUCUCGGUGAAGAGAUUAAUUCGAUGGUGGCUAAAUUCGAAGCUUCGAUUACAAAAGAAUCUUCGAAAUCUCCAAUCCCUGGAGGCGGAGUUCAUCAGCUCACAAGGUACGUAAUGAAUUUCAUCGUUUUCCUCGCGGAUUACCAUGAAUGUCUCGCUGGAGUUCUCACCGAAUCGACGUUGCCAUUACCGGAAGAUUACUUUGGGAACAAUGACGAACACAACAAGGACGGAGAAACCGGAUCUUCAUCUUCUUCUACGGUAACCACAAGAAUUGCAUGGCUAAUCCUCGUAUUGCUCUGUAAAAUCGACACGAAAUCUCGUAUGUACAACGACAUGGCUCUCUCAUAUCUCUUCCUAGCCAACAAUCUGCAUUACGUGAUCUCCAAGGUACGUACAUCGAAUUUGAGAAUCGUACUUGGGGACGAAUGGGUAGCGAAUCACGAAGGAAAAGUUACUCAAUACCUCGAAAAAUAUGAGAAAAUCGCUUGGGGAGAAGUGAUUACAUCGCUUUCCGAUUCCAACGAAGAAAUGCUCGAAGAAAACGUGGCGAAAGAGCGGUUGAAACGGUUUAACGAAGCGUUCGAGGAAGCGUUUCAGAAACAGAGCGAAUGGGUCGUACCGGAUUCGAAACUAAGAGAAGAUUUAAAAGAUUCCGUGACGAAGAAGUUAACAACUGUUGCGACGUCGUUUUAUGAAAAGUACCACGUUGAAAAUUGGGAGGAAGUCAGAUUUGCCCCUGAAGAUUUGGGUAAUUACCUCUCUGACCUUUUCUUAGUGAUCGUUGGAUCGGUCAUUGUUGGACACGUGUUGGCUGUUGAAGCCUGUGAUCGAGUAUGCAUGAGUGAGCUUCAGACUUUUUUGGGGGAUAAUGAACUGGAUGAUCUGCCUAGUCGAGGAGUUUUCUUUACUUGGUCUAAUGGUAGACAGGAAGACCCCAUCAUAAGGAAACUUGACAGAGUGGUAGUGAAUGAGUCUUGGAGGGAUUCUUUCCCAGAGUCACUUGCUGUGUUUGAUCCUCCUGGGGAUUCUGACCAUGCCCCAGCUUUAGUGUCUUUGAGUUCCACUAUUGAAAGGAGAAAAAAGGCAUUCAAAUAUUUUUCCUUCUUGUCUACUCACCAUAGAUACAAGGAGGUUAUCCGGACUGCUUGGCAUCAGGAGGUGUCUGUGGGAUGUAAAUUGUUUACCUUUGGGCAGAGAAUGAAAAAAGUGAAAGCUGCUUGCAGGGAGCUAAAUAGGGAGGGCUUUGGAAAUAUUCAGCAGAAAACAAAGGAAGCGUUGGCUCAGUUAGAGCUUGUUCAAGAGGAGUUGUUGAGUAACCCGUCGGAUUCCUUGUUCAGGGAGGAGUUUGUUGCAAGAAAAAAGUGGAACUUCUUCGCUAAAGCUCAGGAGACUUUCUACAUGCAGAAGUCAAGAAUUAGGUGGACUAAGGAUGGGGAUGCAUGCACUGCUUUUUUCUUUAAAUCAGUCAUUGCUAACCAGGGGAGAAAUUCAAUAAAAUAUCUGAGAGGGGAAGAUGGUGAGAGGAUAGAAAAUUCAGAUCAGAUAAAGGAUAUGCUUCUCUCCUACUAUAAAAAUCUCCUUGGCACAGAAAACUCAGGAGUUACUCCGCCUUCUGUUGAGGAUAUUAAGAAUCUGCUUCCCUUUAGAUCAUUGCGAGACUCCUGAAGAAUAAACUCAAGUUAUUCAU